AUGAAGCCCUCUUUGCUGCUUCUGUGUCACCUCUGGCUGUUCAGCCUCAUGUCUCUCUCACGGGCAUCAGACUUGGCACAAGGUGCCUCCAGCCUAACUUGUUGGUAUGACUCACGGGCAGCCCUAUUCUGUGACUGGAACCCAGGCAGGGACCUGGUUGAAGGAGCAUGCCAGCUGGAGAUUUCAUCAAAGUUAGGUUUUUGUGGCAGAUCAAUAUUCUUACAUGACAGAUCCGAGCACUGUGAAUUACACAAGGCAGAACACACGACAGGACUGAAGUGCAACAAGACCUUCAGCGAAAAGAGUAAUACUCAAUGCUUCACCGCUUCAGACCGUCUUACCAUUUCUGUCCAUUGCCACAUUGGAGAGAAUAAGUCUAUACCUGUGCAAAUAGAAGAUUUCAGUCCACUUGCAAAUAUAAAGCUGAGGCCUCCAGAAGAUCUUCAGCUGGUUAGCAAAUCUGAAAACACCUACAACUUAACGUGGAGCCUGAAAAUUUCCUCUCACUAUUUGAAUGGGGAGCGGGAAUACCAAGUGCGGUAUCGAGCCACAAGUCAAUCCUGGGAGGAGGCCAGGAUCUUCACCAUUCUGCAGGACCAGAUGUGGGUGGUGUUUGAGAGCCUCUCACCCAACUCAAAAUACGAGGCAGCUGUCCGUGCAAGGCCAAGCGCCUCAGGUACCUACAAAGGCGUGUGGAGCGACUGGAGCAAGACGAUACUGUGGAGGACACAUGCUGACCAAACAUCCCGGCCGGUCCUGCCAGCUCUUAUAGUGAGCAGUUGCAUCUUUGUGAUCAUUGGGACUGCCUUCCUUAUUAACUUACGGACCCUGAAAUGGUUUAAGAAGAUCCUGAAGAUUCACAUCCCAGACCCUGACAAGUUCUUUCCCCCACUCGUUUCUGUUCACGGAGGUGACAUUCAGAAAUGGCUCUCCUCCCCAUUCUCCACAUCUUCCUACUGUGUGAACAGCACAACCCCAGAGAUCUCCAUGCUCGAGGUGAUGCAGAAGACUGAACAGGAAUCCCAGUUUCUACUUUCCAAGGGGACGCUGACUCCUGAUCCUCCCUUAGAAACUAGUGGGCACUCUGUAUCCAGCUGCUUCACCAACCAAGGCUACUUCUUCUUCCACCUUCCCAGCUCCUUUGAGAUCGAGCCCUGUCAGGUCUACUUCACCUAUGAGCCUUUUACCCAGGAGGGCAGUGGCAGCAAGGAUGGCGAGUCUUACCAUGCUUUCUCCUCCCCAGACCUCUGCACACUGGCAGAGGACAUGCACUCGUUGUCCCAAAACUUCCUCCACUGUAUCAAGGCGACCCGGGGCUUCCAACGUAGCUCCUUUGUAGAAGAGUCAGAAGGUGAAGCCCAGCGGGCCAUGGCUAUUUCUGGGGCUCUCCAGUCAAGUGAAGACACCUCACCAACACCAGUUCUGAAACAGGAUGAGAAGGUGGUGGACAAAGCAGCUUUACAACCUGCUGAGGCCCUGUGCCAGCUGGACACUGACUCUCCUGACCCACCAGACCCGCGUGACAGCCAUACUAUCGAUAUAACGGAGGGGAGUGGGAAGGCAGGUCCUCCGAUUGACCCCUGUACACCAGGAGAACAUGCUACCUCUUUCUCUCAACCUCCAUCUCUAAAGCAAAGCCAGGAUGAGCAUCCAUGCAGAAUAGCCUUCUCCAGCCAGGUCCCAAACACUGGUGCCUACCUUUCUCUGAGGGAGCUCCAAAGCCAGUACAGCCAUUGCUCCGUCUAG